AUGAUCGCCGUCUUAGCAGAUAUACGUUGUCUUUUCUUAUUCAUUGCUCUUGCUCAAACUGUAUCUCUUUAUAAAAUUUAUCCAUUGGAAGAUGAACAUUUCGAUCUAUCAAGUUCAUCUUUUAAUGAAAAAUUGGAUGAAGUCCUACAAAAUAUUCCUCAUGACUAUGAAGAUAUGCUUAUGAAUGCAAUCGAACAUGGCAACAUAGAUGAUGCUCCGGAAUUGAAACAUAAAUCGAAACGUGCAAUUUCAACUAGCGGAACAAUACCAUUGCUACAACAGCGCAAUAGUCGACCACAUUGGAAUCCUUUAAUAGCUGCCUAUAAGCGCUGUGGUGAAUUAGGAUCGUCUGAAAGUCGUGAAAAUUGCUUCAAAGAUGCCGUUCAAAUGCUUUUUGUGCAUAAACUAAGAAAAUAA